ACAAAUCUCCAUUGUUGGCUUAAAAUUCUGCGAAUUUGGCGACUAGAAAAACAAAAUAUGGAAAACCGCAAUAGCAAAAGAGUGACGAAGGAUCAAAAAUAUAUGCUCGUUCAAUAUUUGGAGGAUCAUAGAGAAUUUGCUCACGACAGAUUCGUCAAUGGCACCGGGAGCAAAAGUUUAGCUGAGCAGUGGAACCACCUCGCCGAAAAAUUAAAUGCUUACGGAGGAUCCAUGAAAGAUGGUGAAGGAUGGAAGAGAGCGCGGGUAAAUAUGAGGAGCAAGGCCAAACAAAAAUCCCAAGAUUUGAGAAAUGCUAUGGAGCGAAGCGGGGUAAAUUCAUCAAUUACCGAAAAACAUCUCAGUAACCUCGACGAGCGCAUCAUUGGCGUGAUGACCACAGUGGCAGUGGUCGGUCAAAGAGAAGUUAGCGAGCCACUGAGAAGUUCCGGCGCAGUAACUAGCGUGGAAUUAUUUGACGCCUCUGUGGACCACUUUGAGAUAGAGUUUCUUGAAGGAGGCGAUGAGGAACCGCAAAUGGCACCGGAUGUGGUUCCUCAGGAUCCACUUCCACCACAACGUCGGGCUCCCAAACGCAAAAAUUACUCUUUAGAAGAGAGCAACGCCAAAAUGAUACAAUUAGAAGAACGCAGAGUCGUCUUGGCGGAAAGAAAAAUUGCGGCGCUGGAGAAAAGAAACUCUAUAGAAAAGAGAAAGGCCGACGUAUUGUCCAAUAUCUUAAAUAAAUUGGAUUUACUUCUACAAAGGUGAUUGUUCUCGGAGUGAUCGUAGAAAUAUAGAUAUUUGAGCUUUACGGUAUGUUGCCAAUGAAUUAUGAACGGUACUCAGACGUUUAUAUUUUGACGUUUAACUGAUUUUUUGAACUUCAAUAUUUCUUUUAUAAAAAUAUAGUAAAUUCAAUAACAUAUACCACAUCUAUCGUUGCUUUAAACUUUGUGCGAAAGUCGCGAAAAAUCAACAAAUUACGAAAAGCUGUGAUCAAAAUUUAAAAGCUUUUAUCAGAAUUAUUAGAAAAUAUUUACGUACGCAGAUAUAUAGCCUUCAAUUUCAGUUCCAUAAAAUGCAAGUUUGAAGUCGGUCGAAAUCCGCGUUUGAUUUUUCGAAUAUAUCUUUGGUUUAAGGUGUAAUGUACUUUCUUCAACAUAAAAAAAUGCCGACAUACUUUACCGCGAAAAAUUAACCGCGAAUUUUUACCGACUUCAAACUUGCAUUUUAUGGUACUAAAAUUUAAGGCUAUAUAAAUGCGUAGUAAAAAG